AUGGUUAGACAAGAAGAUAGCAGCCCAUCAUAUUUUGACCUAUCCAUAUAUCAAGUCUAUCAACCAGAAAAUGAGAAGGCUGAGGCCAAAAUGGGUAAAGAAGAUCUGAGAAGAGGUAGAGGAUAUAGACUUGUUUAUGGCACUUGUGGAAGGACCCAUUCAGGAGAGUGUUGGGGACCGAGUGUGCAGGGUUGUUAUAGAUGUGGGAAACCUAGGCAUUAUGCUAAUGAGUGUGCAGUAGGUAGAGGAGCAUCUAGUACCUACCAUUCAAGAGGACAGAGUAGUGUUGGGGAUAAUGUAGUACCUACAGCGACUAGUCAUGGAAGAGGUAGGGGAGGUAGAAGUGGAACUAUAGCAGCAUAUGUCCAUACUGAAGAUGCAAACCAGUCCUUAUCGCAGGCAAGAGUGUAUGCUGUUACGAGGCAGGAAGCAACUACUUCUCCAGAGAUAGUAACUGGUAUAAUUCCUAUUUGUAGGCAUGAUGCAUAUGUGUUAGUUGACCCCGGCUCUACAUGUUCAUUCAUUUCAUGUGUUUUUGCAUUGAAAAUGCAUUGUGGCAUUGAAUCUUUAGGACAUUACAUUUGUGUUUUGAUGCCUGUUGGAGGAGUAAUAAUGGUGAAUACUACAGUGAGGGCUUGUUCUGUGAUGAUUUAUGGUACAAACGUGCUAGUAGACCUAAUUGUGAUCAAUUUACAAGAUUUUGAUGUGAUUUUGGACAUGGAUUGGUUUUCUAGAAAUCAUAUCAUAGUUGACUGUUUAACAAAGGAAGUAAAAAUGGUCAUAGACGGGGAAAUAAAAACAAUGUUCACAUGUGAUAGGAAAAUUGUGCCUACAUGUUUGAUUUCUGCUACUACUGCUUUACAUUUAAUGAAAUCUGGGUGUGAUGCUUAUCUUAUGAAUGUGGUACAUACUAGAAUUGUUAGUAUAGGGGUUUCAGAGGUACCAAUAGUCAAAGAAUUUCCAGAUGUGUUUCCAGAAGAAUUAUCUAGGUUGCCACCUCAAUGA